GGAAGACACAGCAGAGGAAUGAAGCUUCUACUGUUGCUGUCUGUGGGCCUGGGCCUGGCCUGGACCCUGCAGGACCAAAGCCAGGUUCCCGUGCAGCCGGGCUUCAGCCCCGAGCAGGUGAUAGGACCCUGGGAAACCCUCGAGCUGGCUUCCAAUGACCGGUCCGUCGUUGAGGAAGAAGGCGCUUAUGAGUGCUUCAUGACUGGUAUUGCUCUCCUGGAUAACGGCAACCUGAAUGUCAGCUACUUCCACAGAAAAGAUGGGAAGUACAUGAAGGAAUUCUACGUGGCAGAGAAGACUGACACCCCCGGACGCUACACCUUUGAGUACCACGGCAAAAACUAUCUGACUUUUGUGGCUGUUACUGAGAAAUUUGUCAUCAUAGACUUGGAAAACCAGAGGGACGGAAAGCCCCUCAUCGUGGUGGAGCUCCAUGGCAGGACUCAGGAAGAAGGCAAGCUUGGGAUGGCACACUAUAGGAGGCAAACAGCCAGAAGAGGCAUCUUACCAAGCAACAUUGUGGACGUUUCCUCGAAACGUUAUGGCAGUUCCUGAGAUCAGCCACAGGGCAUAUGCCUUCCCCAGGUCCAGGUCUGUGCCACCCAAGAGUCAGCCUUGUCCAUGGCCUUCCUCUCUUGUUGCUUUUGAUCAUCAACUCCCGACUGUCCGUCAACUCCGACCUACCCUUCCCCAUGUAAUAAAUGAACUCAGC